AUGUCUGCUAGCGAAACAGAUACAGUGAAACUCGAUUGUUUAGCUCGUUAUAUCAAGAAAAGUAUGAGGAACUCAUCAAGUUAUCUUUCGUUUGGCACACUUUUGCAGGAUGUUGGUGAAUAUGAUCAAGCAGAAAGAUUCUAUGAAUCAUUGUUAAAUGAACUUCCGUCAAAGCACCAAGAUAUUGCAGCUAUUUAUGCAAGUUUAGGAUCAACAAUUGUUAAAACACAAAAGAAUCUUCAACUAGCAUUUUAUUAUUUGAGACAAUCACUCGCACUACAAAUGAAAGUAUUCCCAGAGAAUCUUCUACUCCCUGAGACUCUAGCGAGUAUUGCCGCAAUUUUGGUCGAACAUCAACAAUAUCAAUUAGGACUCGAUUGUUAUCAACUCAUUCUGACAAUCUACAACAGUGUCGAACCGAAAAAACAUUCUAUAGUUCUCUUAAGGCAUGCCCGUGUUUACAAUAAUAUCGGAUACAUUUAUUCUAAACUGAGAAAAUUUUCUUUUGCAUUGAAAUGCUACAAAGUGUCCCAUAAAAUCGAAAAAACACUGUUGCCAUCUAAUCAUCCAACAAUCGCUACUGGAUUGAAUAAUAUUGCUGCAAUUUAUUUGAUGAAACAGAAUUUUCAAUUAGCAGACAAAUAUUUUCAACAAGCAAACGAGAUUCGUCAAACAUCUCUACCAUUUGAGCAUCAUCCGGAACUCAUACAAAUGUACAAUAACAUUGGAGUAGCUCAGUAUGAACGAAAAAAUUUUGAUCAAGCAUUAAUUCUUUUCCAUAAAGCUUGGGAAAUUCAACUGAAAUGUUUGCCGCCUGUUCAUACACAAACUGCCAUACUUUAUAACAGCUUGGAACACACGUAUCUUGGUAAAAAUAACUAUUACGAAGCUCUGCAAAUGUAUAAAAAAGCAUUAGAGAUUGGUCAACAAUGUUGGCCAUCGACUCAUCCCGAAAUUAGCCAAGCACAUGGCAAUAUCGGCAAUAUUUGUCGACUUUUGAAAGAUUAUACAAGAGCAUUGAACAGCUGUGAAAAAGCGCUGGAGAUUGCACACAGCAGCUUACCAUUAGACCAUCCUGAUCUAGCAGAAGCUUAUAAAAAUCUUGCACAAGUCUACAGUGAUACUGAUGAUCAUUCGAUGUCUUUAGCUAAUUUUCUCAAAGCACUUGACAUUUAUACCAAAAAAUCACCAAUGAAUCCAUUUCAACUAGGUGUUUUGUAUGAGAAGAUUGGCGUCAAAUAUAAUGAAGUAGAUCAGUAUCAAGAAGCAUUAAAUUAUUUACAAAAAACCUUGAAUAUAUUUCAAUUAUUUCAUGAAGAUGAAUCAUUAUUGACAAUAUUAUUUUUUAGCCUUGGUCGCGCUUAUUAUCAGAACAGUGACUAUGACAAUGUUUUACAAUACAUGGAAAAAUGUCUUCAUUAUGAGUUAUUGUCCAUACCGAAAGAAAUUAAUAAAGAAACAACUACUAAAGAAUUUCUUGUACUUGAUUGGACUGCUAGACAUCAUACAUUUAAAGAACAAAAUCUUAUUAAUUGUAAUUUUUCUCAUAUUAAUCGCGAUUAUUGUAAAUCAACAUUUAAUUCCAUAAAAAAUAAAACUCUUCGUUUACAUCUAAUUGAACGAUGUACUCUUCUAUCACGACUUAUUGUUCGUUGGACAUAUGAUCAAUCAUAUUUACAACAAGCUGAUCUUAUUGCAUAUCAUUCUAUGCAUAUGCCACUAUAUGAUUUACCAGUAUUAGUACGUAAUGAUCAUCAACAACAAUUUUCUAUGGUUUAUGUACUUGAAAGUGAAGUUCAUUCAAAAAAUGGUGAACAUUGGCAUAAAAUUGAUUUUCCAAUGUGGUAUAAUCUCGAACGUUCAUAUCCAGAACCAGCUACUUAUUUUAAUCUUGAAACAUAUCUUGAUCAAUUAUUUGCACCUGUAAAAAUACCUUUUUCAAGCAAAAUAACAUCUGCCCCAAUCGUUUGGGUUAUAUCAAAUUGUCGUGCUUAUAAUGCUCGUCAAACAUUCAUUCAUGAAUUAAUGUCUCAUAUUCGUAUUGAUUCAUAUGGUCAAUGUCUUAAUAAUAUCAAAUCAAAUGAUAUAAGAGCACGUCAACAAUCAAAUUCUAAUUUAUACUCAUCAUAUAAAUUUGUUAUUGCUAUUGAAAAUUCAAAUUGUGAAGAUUAUGUUACAGAAAAAUUAAUUGAUGUAUUAUCAUCAGCAUCAAUACCAAUUAUUGCUAGUCGUAAUGGAACACCAGAUUAUACACGUUUUGCACCUAAAUAUUCCUAUAUUAAUAUAUAUGAUUAUAAAUCAAUAAAAGAUUUAGCUAAUUAUUUAAAUUAUUUAUCAACAAAUGAAACUGCUUAUAAUGAAUAUCUUUGGUUUAGAAAAUUACCAAUUAAUAAAUAUACGUCAUCUAGUGCUAUCAAACGAACAUUAGCUGAAAAACUUCAUUUGGCAGAUGAAAUUCUCGGUGCAGAUGCGCCAAUGCGUAAAUGGUUAUUAAGUAAAGAAACUAGUGUUAAUAAAUAUUGUAAAUUAGCACAAUUUAUUUAUACAAACCAUUGGGAACCGAUAUACAAACGAAAUAAAAUUAAUCGUCCAGAACCUAAUGAAGUUUGUUUACCUCAAAAUGAUCUAGCUUCUUAUUUUGUAUUGACUCCUAUAUAA